AUGAAGACCUUCAAGACCCACAAAGCUUGUAUUCUUCUCAUCUUCCUCUCUUCCUCUGUUUUUCCUUCAGAAUCUCUCCCCCUGGCCAGCUUCCCACCGAGUCAUGAAACCACUCCCCCUUCAGGUGUACUUGUUGAUCCUGCUCUCUCUCCACCGUAUGGCGAACCUAUUUCAAAUAAAAAACCUUCUUCUGCAGAGUCUUCGGAGAGCCAGGAGGGAGAGUCCGAAGCGGGUUACCACCAAGAACCGGGUUAUCCACAACAGGGCAUGAACCAGCCUUUAUCUGGCUUCAGUCAACCAUUUUCUUCUACUAACCAGCCUUUAUCGGGUUUUAAUCACCCAUUUUCUUCAACUAGCCAGCCUUUAUCAGGGUUUAACCAGCCAUAUUCAUCUCUAAAUCAGCCUUUUGGGUCUUAUAACCAGCAAGGCUUAGUAAACAACAAUCCUCUUGGACUUGGUAAUGGGGUUUUCAAAGAAAAGGCAUUCGUGCUAGGAGUUGUUUUACUUUCUCUAAUUACAUUUGGUUUUCUUGUUUAG